AGAAGAAUUAAAGGACAAAGAUCUGCGCGAUUGCUGUACAUUUUGUACCAUUGACAUCUUAAAGAUCUUUGAAACUAAGCUGGAAGACAAGAUUUACCUAUAAGGUUAGCGCUUUUAGUUGUGACAGCUUCAAACUUACGCAAUUUCGUCGCCACACCCCCCGUUGCGUCUUAACAAUCUUACAGCUGUCUCGUUGCAUCUUAAUCAACCGCUGAAGGGUAUCGAGGCGCUGCCGUAAAACACUGGGCUUUUACCGGUGACAUCAAAAUGGGGGGACAUGUAUCGAGGACUGACUUCGAAUGGUCAUACACAGCCGAACCACAUGCUUCAAGAAGGAAGGAAAUUUUAGCUAAGUACCCCCAAAUCAAGAAGUUGAUGGGCUAUGAUCCAAACUUCAAGUACCAAGUAUUGCUGUUAAUUGUGAUCCAGUUCACAUUAACAUAUGUGCUGAAAGAUUUCUCCUGGCCUGUCAUCUUUUUGGCUGCAUAUUUUGUUGGUGGCGUCAUCAACCAUGCAUUACUCCUAGCCAUACACGAGAUCUCCCACAACUUGGCAUUUGGCCAUGCACGACCAAUCCACAACCGAAUCUUCUCACUGAUAGUAAACUUUCCUAUUGGAGUACCAUGUGCCAUCUCCUUCAAGAAGUAUCAUUUGGAGCACCACAGAUACCAAGGUGAUGAAGAGCUGGAUGUGGACCUGCCCACAGAAUUUGAAGCCCGUUUGUUUUUUAACACAUUAACCAAAUUUUUCUGGGUGGUAUUUCAACCAUUCUUCUACUCAUUCCGCCCAAUGUUUGUUAACCCAAAGAAUCCUUUGGCUUUGGAAAUCUUCAACAUUAUUCUCCAGUUUGGUGUUGAUGCAGUGAUAGUGCAUUACUGGGGAGGAAAGGCACUUUUGUACAUGAUUGCAAGUUCAUUGUUAGGUAUGGGGCUUCACCCAGUGGCUGGGCAUUUUAUCUCAGAGCACUACAUGUUUGCCAAGGGUUUUGAAACCUUCUCAUACUAUGGCCCUUUGAAUAUGGUCACCUUCAACGUUGGUUACCACAAUGAGCAUCACGAUUUUCCAAGUAUUCCUGGUUCCAGACUACCCUUGGUGAAAGAGAUUGCACCAGAGUACUAUGACAACUUGCCACAACAUCACUCCUGGACAAAAGUACUUUUUGAUUUCAUCACUGAUCCAGCAAUUGGACCAUAUGCUAGGAUGAAACGAAAGGCUAUGAAGCCAAAAAAUAACAAGGAAUAAUAGAAAGACUUGAACCAACCGAGUGAGGAGAAAAACUUGUUCUAUCAGCAGUAUCUUGUGAGAUGUAAUAUUGUAGUUUGAUGUCAACAGACAGUAGUACUUUGAUAGUAUACUGUUAGUUAGGGGUAAUUAUGGGUUAUCAUGAGUGGUAUUUAAAAGGCUGAAUGUUUCUGUUGAAGUGAUGAAUAUUGAUCCCAAAUAAUAAAAAGUAAAAUAGUAAAA